CAGGCGAGUCGAGUCGUAACCCGAUCCCGAUCCAUCACGCCUCCCUUGGACCGAGUCCUGACUCGGCCACCAGCCAUGGCUUCCUCCGCCGAAGGCGACAAAGGGCGCGCUGCCGGAGAGGCGCCGGAGGGAUCCAAUCUGCGAAAGGAGGCCUCUCCUGAGCGUUCUCUGAUGGUUUCCGUUGCAGGAGGCGAGGAAUCGACGCGGCGGGGGUUUCAGAAGCUGUGGACGGACGCGGACGAGAUCGCCGUGCUGCAAGGGUUCUGGGAGUUCACGUCUCGGAGGGGAACGGCGCGGGCGGACUACCAGCACGACACGGGUCCCUUCUACGAAGAGAUCCGCGGCCGCCUCCGCUGCGAUUUCAGCCGGAGCCAGCUGGUGGAGAAGCUCCGCCGGCUGAAGAAGAAGUUCCGCAGCACGGCCGGGCGUAUGGCCGCCGACAAGGGAUUCGCCUUCCGGAGCCCCCACGAGGAGGUAGCUUUCGAGAUCGCGCGCAAGAUCUGGAACCCGGUCUUCAAGCGCGGCCGCGACGCGAAAAGCGGCGAUCUUGAACGCGGAGAUGCCCUAAAAGAUGGAUCUUUGGACUCGGAUCCUGACUUUGAACCUAGACCUCGAGGCCGCCUGAAGAAGGGAAAAGAAACGGUGGCGGCGGCGGCUGCGGCGGUGACGGCGGAGAUUGUCGAGGAGGCCGCCGCCUCCGAGGUGGUUCGGCCCAGCAUGCCGAAUUCCGACAUGGUUGAGCAGACCUUGAGGAGUUGCUUCUCGCCGUUAUUCAACGAGAUACUUUGCACCACAGGUAUUGGCAUAACAGUAUCCAACUCCCCUCCCUUAAACCCUAAGCCACUGAACUCAAGGGCAGCGGCAGCGCCUGCGCCGGCCCUUGCGGGCGAUAGAUGGAAGCAUCAACAAAUCCUGGAGCUGGAAGUUUACCUGAAGAGGCUGGAUCUUGUUCAUGAGUACAUCAAAUUGAAGCUAGAGGAGCUCAAAUCGCAGGGAAGCUGCUAAAACUGGAGGUAUUCUAUUGAAAAAACAAAAGGAACAAAGAAAAAAAAAGUCAUUUUGCUUCUAAAUCUUCUUCAGUUUUAGCAGUAAUUGCUACUUUCAUAAUUUAUCUCUUGUAAAGUUGUAUAGACCAUCUGGAAUCUAGAAAUAAACUUUUGUUUUUACCAA